AGUUAAGUUACGGUGCAGCUUGAGUUUCUGUUGUUGUCUUAGUCGCGGUACAACACAGGCAAGUGGAGAGAGUGAGGUAAGAACAACAACAACAACAAUAUCUGCGGAUUAGAAGAGAAAAGAAGAUACUUGUCUUAACAACACAACACAACUCAAAACAAAACCCCUUCAAUUUCUUCUUUCAUUCCUUUUCUCGAGUUCAUAAUCGCAAUUCAACUACCAAAUUAUUAUAUUAUGGACUCGCUCACUCUUCCUUUCCCUACACUCUCCUCCGCCACUCCCCGUCCUAUUUUCAAUCCACGCGCCGCUGUCGCUUUCCGAUGCUUCCACACCUCCGCUCAUUUUUCAAAGCUUCGUGGCUCGCCGCUUUUUGCUGCUAACACCCUCACCGCUAAUUCCGUUCCGCCAAAAAAUGGAGUCUACACUGUCGGUGACUUUAUGACAAAGAAAGAUGAGUUACAUACAGUGAAGCCCACAACAACCGUGGAUGAAGCUUUGGAUUCUCUUGUUGAGCACAGAAUAACUGGUUUUCCCGUGAUUGAUGAUAACUGGAAGCUAGUUGGUGUUGUUUCAGAUUAUGACUUGUUAGCUCUGGACUCUAUUUCAGGUCAAGGGCAAACAGACAACAGCUUGUUUCCAGACGUUGACAGUACUUGGAAAACUUUCAAUGAAGUUCAGAGAUUGCUGAGUAAGACCAAUGGGAAGGUGAUCGGUGAAUUAAUGACUACUGCCCCUAUGGUUGUUCGCGAGACCACCAAUCUUGAGGAUGCUGCUAGAUUGUUGCUAGAAACAAAAUUUCGACGUCUUCCUGUUGUUGAUGCUGAGGGUAGAUUGGUUGGGAUUAUCACAAGAGGAAAUGUUGUAAGAGCUGCGCUUCAAAUGAAACGAGACAGCCAAAAGAAAGCAUGAUAGGAUUUAGAAUUCCAAAGAUUUGUUGUGUUGAUUUCAAGCACUGAUUCUAUUGAAAGUGUUCACACAAGCUUUGCUUGAAUUAGAAGUAAAAUUUUGGCUUAGGCAUGUAUAUCUUUUAUCAUAUUAUUGUUAUCACAGAAAUGUAAGAGACAACUAUUAUUCCGAAUGUUCACAUUGAUAAGGACCACCUUGGUGAUAAUGAUGUUGAAAUGUGAAUUUGUUGUAUUAAUCAUGUUCCACGGAUUAAGGAUAAUUCAAGACAUAAAUAUCAACCAGCAUUAAUAUUC